UAUCACCGCGCCGCGACGUCAACGUUUGUGUCUCCGGCGUCGCCAUGCUUGUCACCUCCACAACCUCUGGUCAUCUCGGCCUCCUCGGCGUCCUCUCGGUGCUGGGGCAUCUCCUGGCAGUGCAGGUCAUACCCCCUCAACCUGUGACCGAUAUACAAGAUAAUGUUGUCAACAAUUCUUGUGACUGUGUGUGUGGGCAGUACGGCCGCAAGAUGAGGAUAGUCGGGGGAGAGGAGGCCGAAUCUCACGAGUUUCCCUGGAUAGUUCUGUUGUCUUAUAGAGACAAGUUCUACUGCGGAGGAACUCUGAUUACGUCUAAACAUGUCCUGACAGCAGCACACUGCACACAACAGAUAAGGAAGGAGCACGUGAAGGUGACCGUAGGAGAACACAACAGAUCCGACAACGACACAGCACAGAUUCGUCGUGUUGUCAAGAUGACUCCUCACAAGCAGUUCUCAUUGGCCACCUUCAACCACGACAUAGCUGUGCUGGAGUUGGACAAACCAGUGACUUUCAGUGACAAUGCCAUCAAACCGGCGUGUCUGCCACUUACAGAUGAGGAGGACUACAUCGGCAGAGCAGCCACUGUCGCGGGAUGGGGAAGACUGGCCGAGCGCAAGAAAACCUCCGACUCCCUGCAGAAGGUAGCUGUUCCUAUCAUCCCCCUGGAGGAGUGCAGAGGUAAAGGCUAUCCCAGGACCAAGAUUACGGAUAACAUGAUCUGUGCCGGAUAUCCUGAGGGCAAGAAAGAUGCUUGUCAGGGCGACAGCGGAGGACCUCUCCAUGCGUUGGACGCCAACAAUGUUACAGAAGUAAUUGGUAUUGUUUCCUGGGGUAGAGGAUGUGCAAGACCAAACUACCCAGGAGUCUACACCAGGGUGGCUAAGUACAUGGAUUGGAUAAAUGAACGUUUAGACGGAGAGUGCCGCUGUACCCGGAGACCCGCAAACAGAACCCGGACCCCCAGGGAGGAACAAGUGUGGGACGUCUAGGAUACCCAGGAACGUCCGGGAAAUUUGCAGGAAAUCAAACACUCUGUAUGGGAUUGGAAAAGUCUGUGAGCACCGAAAAUACUCUGUGUGCAAAUAGAAUAUCCUGUGGUAGUUUUAAAAGGUCUUGUGGAAAUUUGGAAGAUACUGGAGUAUGUUAAAAAUCCUUGCGGAAUUUAAAAUUAACAUAUGGGGAGUUUUUAACAUCGGGUGCGACUUUUACGCAAACAGCGGAAAGAUGACAUAAUCCUAUGGAAUGUUUAAAUUGUCUUGUGCAAAACGCUUUCAAACACCCAGAAGUUCAAGAAAACCUAGUAUUAAAAUAGUAUACUU